CACCAGCAACCGCAGAGGACUUGGGCUCUGCCGCUGGUCUGUCCCAGACCUCCAGAGCGACGUGCGUCCCACGGCUGGACAACGCUGGCCGCCUGGUUUGGGUCCCGCAGUUGAGAAUGGGCUCCGAAAGCCCUGGCGCCCCGGGCUGGCGCGGAAGGCUGUCAGCCGGGGGACCGCAGACGUUCCGGCGGCCGCUGCUGCUGCUCCUGAUGCUGGGACUGGUGCGGGAGGGCGCUGCAGAGAGUCCCUGGGCGCUGCCUUCUGUGGUUGAUGGCCCAUCUCCCUUAGCAAAGGUGCUGAUGGCAGAAUUGGCCAGUCUGAAGUCACAAGACAAGCAGUGGCCUGGAGGAACCCAUACUCUCCACUACCACUACCUGGCACUGUCAGAGCCAGGCCCCGGCCUCCCACGGUUUCUGGCUGUGGGUUAUGUGGAUGACCAGCCCUUCAUCCGGUAUGACAGUAGCACUGGCAGGGCCAAGCCUCAGGCCCCAUGGAUGGCACCAGAGGAUGCCCAGUACUGGGAGACAGAGACCCUGAAGCAGAGGACCUGGGAGAAGGUGCAGCAGGUGGAAGUGUGGAGCCUGAUGGACCACCACAACCAGAGCGGUGCACACAGCGCCCAACGCAUGUUUGGCUGCAAGAUCCAUGAGGACGGCAGUUCCUCCAGUUUCUGGCAGUUUGGCUUUGAUGGCCAGGACCACCUGUCGCUAGACCUGGAGACACUGAGUUGGGUGUCGGCUGAGCCGAUGGCUGUGUGGACAAAGCACUGGUGGGAGAUGGAGCGCUGCUAUGCGGAAUAUGACAAGGCUUACCUGGAGGGACCCUGCCUCAACUCCCUGCGCCAGUACCUGGAGCUGGGAGGCCAGAGCCUCACCCGCAGAGAUCCUCCCUCGGUGCACGUGACAAGGAACAUGGCUGCAGGUGGAGAAGUCAUUCUGAGAUGCUGGGCCCUGGGCUUCUAUCCACGGGACAUCUUGUUAAGCUGGUGGCUGGGUGAUGAGGAGCUGACCCUAGAAACUGAGCAUGUGGAGACACGCCCCAGUGGGGACGGCACCUACCAGACAUGGGUAGCUGUGUGGGUGCCCACUGGAGAGGAGGCCCGGUACACCUGCCACGUCCAGCACCCCAGCCUAAACCACACUCUCACUGUGGCCUGGGAAUGGCCGUCUCAUGGCAAAUUCAUUCCCAUGGUCAUCUCCGCAGUUCUGGCCACUGUCAUGCUGGCAGGUGUGGUUAUGAUCUUGACCAAGAAGUGCCUUCAAGCCAGGAACCAGAUGUCUUAUGAACAAGCCCCAGGUGGAGAGGAGCCCCACAGAGCCCAGAGCCCAGUGACAGGGGCUGCCUAGUCUUUCUGUUGACCAAAAUUCAACAUCAGCCUCACAGGUGCCUUGUGAGUUCGGUCAUCUCUUCUCUUUCCCACUUCCCUGCAUGCAGCUGAGUCAAGGAAGAACUGGAACAAGAUUAAGCAGGAGCUGUGCACGUGUAGGGCAGCACCUGCAUGGCCCGCCAGCUUGGAGAAUGCCCCAGCUGCCCAGACUUUUUGUCAGUGUGAUCCCAUCUUGUGAGGAACAUAGGGGUGGAGUAUGAGUGUUCUUGUUUGUGGAAGCAGCUCAGGGAAGCAUGUAGAAUGACCAUCCUCAUCUCCUUCCUAUCCUUUUAAGUGCUUUGAAUUUUUACUAUGAGCACAUGUCACUUUUGCAGUAAGGGAAAGACCUCUUUUUGCUGUGUCCUGUGGAAAUGCUUGUUAAGUGUAUGACCCAUGGAAGGCCCAGCCUCACCUCUCUGCAUUUUUAUCAGAGCAGAAGGCCCAUGUCAACUUUGUGAAUAAGACUCGCCUAGAAUUACAUGUCUUUGUUUAUUCAAUGAA